AAGGUUGUACAUCAGGACUUUUCUUCUUUUCUGAGUUUCAAGCUUACUACCUAUUGUUGUUCCACCAUGAAGGCUGGAAUACCAGCCUUUAUAGCAGGAAUUCUUGGUGGCAUUGGUGUUCUACUGUUUCUCAUAGCUUUUGGGACAGAUUAUUGGCUCCUGGCAACAGAGAACUGUGGAAUCUUUGAACCUGAAAAUAAAACUCUUCACACCCCAGAGGAUGUGGUUUUGAGAGAGGUCAGAAAAGAGAUCCUCAUUUUUCACCAUGAAGGUUUCUUUUGGAGAUGCUGGUUCUAUGGUGAGGAUUAUGAGGAGACCAUAUGGAACUUCUGGUUCACUAGCCAAGCACAUCCCAAGUAUUGCAUGCAUGGCUACCUGUUUCCUAUGCCCAUUGCUCUGGGACCUUUCCUGCAUCCUUCCCAUGAUGCAACCGCAGUGUACAGGGGUUUCUGGACUGCAUUCAUCGUACUAGCUGUCACUGCCAGUCUGGCGGGAGGAUUCCUGUUGGUGUGUGGUGUGCCCUUUUUCAAUGCUAGAUUCUAUAAAGUAGGAGGUGGAUUCCUCAUCACAUCUGGAGGCUUAUUUUUCCUGCUCAUAUUUCUCUUUGUGAUGUGGAAGGAGUUUGCAGCUGAUCUCCAGAAAUACAUACUUCUGGAAAGAAGUGAAAAAUGCAUGGACGAUGUCCCUGUAAAUGUGUAUUAUGGAUGGUCAUUUAUGUUUGCUGCAGCUGGGAUUCCCUUGGUUUUACUUUCUGGACUUCUCUUUUAUCUCGUUGGCCGAAGCAUUUUGCCGGCAGUGGAGUAAACAAGCUGUGGGGCUGAAAAACCCUUUGAGAAGAUCUUUGAAACCACCUGAAAAUGAGGACAUAACUGUUUGGGGGACUAAACAAUUUUUGUAGCUUAGGUGCUUGAUCAAAGGUCAUUGGUAAAUGAUGCUAAGGAACACUGGAAAUAUAAACCCAGUCAUUUAAAAUAGAGCUGAUUCUGAACCAAAAAACCCCAGUGCCAAAAUAUCCAAGUAGCUUUCCCGUCCUUAUCAUGGGAAAGACCAAAGGUCCAGAUACAAACAUGUAGACCUGUAAAAACAUAAAUGUUCAGAUUCAGACCCAAAUUUUGCAGCUCUGGUUCAAUUCUCACUUCAAAGUCAAUGUAAUACUCUUCAUUUUGUAAUAGACUGGGCAUAUCUAAAACCUGGCUGUGGGCUUCAAUAUUUAUAAAUAUUCAGAGGGAUAGGGAUAGUAUGCUGAAAUUUCUAGCACCCUCAUUUCUUGUUAAAUAUAAUCAAAUUUGGCUGUGAUGUCUAUUUCUGAAAACCAAUUAGGAUGAUUUUUUGAGCGAGCAAGUUCUCAUUGACAUUAAAGGACAACUAAUACAUGGCUUUUAAAUACAACAGGAAAAUGAUUUGUCAGGAGGUAAAAUAAUUUUUUGGCUCCUGUAAGGUCCCAAAUCUGUGAAUAUAAAUGCAUAUACCUAACUUUAAAUAUGUGAACAGCCCCCCACCAGUUACAUGCAUAAUAAAACAUAUGAUUACUAUCAUUUAUCAGUUAUUUACGGUAUUACCCACUGUGUGCUAGGUGUUUUCCAAACACUCAAGAAAUAUUGUCGCUGUGAAAAGUUCACAGUCCUAGGACAGAGAAGCAGACAGAAUUUAAAGAAAUGGGAAUGGGCACAACAAUAUUAUUAUUAGUGUGUGUUUGUUUCAGUAGUGCCUUGAGGCCAACUGAGAACAGGCUCCCAUUGUGCUAGGCACAGUACAAACACGGAAUAAGAAAUGGUCCCAAAUAAGCAGAUUUAAGUGUCUGGAUUUACUCAAGUGCAUAAGAUUUGCAGGUUAGUUACAGGAAAACAUGCUAAUUUGAAUGUACCGUAUACAAGACAAUUGAGAUCCAAAAGGCAAACUAGUUUCUAUUUGUACUGUACAUGAGGACUUGUAAAAAUAUUGGAAUAAUGACAAGAUUUGGUGCUGUCAUUAUGUGUUUGGGGUUUGAUCUCAAUGCUUUGAAGUCAUUUUUGCUAGGCCCUUGCUUGUUUUAACAAUUUGCAUAAUGUUUGAAUCAAACUUACAAAAUUAUGUGCUGAAUUCAUGAAUGCCGUUAUUUGUACUAAACAUAUAUCUUUAAGCUAUAUGCCAUGCUAUUGACAAUAUGUAGUUAAUUAAUAAUGUGGUGUAAAUCUAUUGCAGAAUGCAGUGAAAAUUGUUGGAGGUAUAAAUUAUUUAUUAUUACUCUUCCUAAAAUAUUAUGAAAGUCGCAGGAGCAAGUUCUAAUUAUUCAUUUACAAAAUCCAUGGUAUGUAUAGAAUGAUCAUUUGUAAUUCCAGUGUAAAAAAUAAUGAACAACAGACUUGGUCUGUAGUUCUCACUUAAGUAAAACUCUCAUUGAUCCCCAUUAAUGGGAGCUUUGUUUGAAUAAGGAUGGAUAUAAACAAUAUCUCUUAUACUACUCCAGCAAAUAGAUAUUUCAUGACAUUUAGAAAUACACAGAUAUUUAAAUGUUUUGUUUGUCAAUUUUAAAGGUUUUUUUAAUUAUAUUCAUUAGAGUUAUGCUUGUGCCCCAUUGGUUCUUCAGGUGAUAAUUUCUCACUAUAAAUUGUCUCUCUUUGGAUAA